CGGCGAGCGAUGGGCUUGUCAGGUCGGAGAAGGCAUCCCGAGUUACGCCACACCACAGGGAGGGAGGGAGGGAGGCGCCGAGGAGGAGGAUGGAGUACGCUUGACGCCACAGGAGAUCCUAUAAAGCCCGACGCCCUUUCCCCCCUGCUCCCUCCUCUCCUCAGAGCCUCUCUCUCUCUCUCUCUCUCUCUCUCUCUCUCUCCAUGGACGUGCCAAGCAGAUGCACGGCUCCUGCUCACCACUCGUUGCUCGCCAAGUGAACAGAAGCUGCGAGCGAGCUGCCCUGAGCCCCUGACCAGCUGACCUGUACUGCACAACAGCUACCUAGCUAUUAGCUGCCUAAUUAAAUAAGCUAGUGGUGUAGCGGUAGCUAGCUGGUGAUUUUUUGGCCAUGGAGAGAGCGCCGGUGCUGGUGAGGCACGCCGGCGGCGUGGCGGCGCUGAGGCAGCUGCCGCCGGGGUUCCGGUUCAGGCCGACGGACGAGGAGCUGGUGGUGCAGUACCUCCGCCGCAAGGCCUUCGGCGUCCCGCUCCCCGCCGCCGUCAUCCCCGUCGUCCGCGACCUCUACGGACUCGACCCCUGGGACAUCUCUGGUGCAAGCGAGGGGGAGAAGUACUUCUUCGCCGUCCGGCCGGCGGCCGGCGCCGGGUGCGACAAAGCGGGCGGCGGGUGCGGUAGGGCGACCGCGAGCGGGCGGUGGAAGCCGGCGGGGAAGGAGAGGCCGGUGGUCCUGUCCCCGCCGCGCGGCGGGAGCCUCCUCGUCGGCGUGAAGAGGGCGAUGGCGUUCGCGCCCCGGCGGAAGAAGGCGUCGUCGGCCCUGACGGCGGGCUGGGUCAUGCACGAGUACCGCCUCGCCGCGCCGCUGCACAAGAACAUCGAAUUAAUAUAUCCGGUGGUUGCAGAUUUAUGCCGAUUUGAAAAGGUAGUUGUACUGAAUUAGUACUAGAUGCUCGAUCUUCUCUCUUCAGAUUAAUCUCCUUCCGAUUCGGACAAGCCGUCUUCUCCGUUACCUUGUUCUUCACCCUUCAACACCAACCAACCCAUGCCAGCAACGUUUGAUUAGCCUGCAAAUACUACAUAUCAAUUCGCUGGGUUGAUUUACUGAACCGAUCUACCGAUUUCAUUUUUAGAUAAUGGAAAAAAGUUCCGACCUUUUGCAUCGGCUGAUGCAUACAGCCUUGCACUGUGUUGCGAGCUGCUAGCCGUUCCUGCACUUCUGUUCGUCAACAGACCUGCAGCUCUGAACGUACAACACACACAACUUCACGAUCAGUACUGGUCAGCAGUCAUCGAUCAUGCAGCCUGACGAGAGAAUCCUAUCGACUGUUGGAAGGAAAUUGAUUAGCACAGUACAGUAAACUGAUGAUCCCUGCAAAGCCAGGCCCAGUUUGGGCACUUGCAUCCACUAGCUGUAGCUGUCUGAAUGGCAACUUGCACUUGAACAGCACCACUCCCUAGUCCUCCCUACUGCCUUUGAUUUGCAGCAUCUGUAGCUCGCUCGCUCGCUCGCUGCUCGUGUGUCGCCAUUGCUCUUGCUGGAACGUGCUUCGUGGCCAGAUGCUGACGCUG